AUGUCGGCGCUCAGUGAGCUGACACAUCUGUACAUGGACUGCCGUAGAUUCGCCGGGAAAUUUUUAUGGAAUUCACAUGAAAAUGUUACGAAGCUAGAGGUUCUUAGAAUCAGAGAUAAUUCAUUCGAAAAGACUCUGUUCCUGGAAGUGAUUACGAAGCGUACUCGUUGGAAUUUAAUUGAUUGUAUCUAUCGAAAUGUAGUCUGGAAGCUCGAACUUUACAGCAACGAGCUCACCGUGAAGCUACCGGUUGGGUUUGGGAACCUGACGAACCUGGAAUUUCUAGAUGGUUCAAAGAAUUAUCUCUAUGAUGAUCUCUCCGAGAUCAGGCACUUGACCCAACUGCUCGAACUUUACAGCAACGAGCUCACCGAGAAGCUACCGGUUGGGUUUGGGAACCUGACGAACCUGGAAUUUCUAGAUGGUUCAAAGAAUUAUCUCUAUGAUGAUCUCUCCGAGAUCAGGAACUUGACCCAACUGGUCGCCAUGUCGGCGCUUAGUGAGCUGACACAUCUGUACAUGGACCGCCGUAGAUUCGUCGGGAAAUUUUUAUGGAAUUCACAUGCAAAUGUUACGAAGCUAGAGUCUGGAAUGGAGGAUUCUAGAAGUGAUUGGAAAUCUUACGGAGCUUAUCGAUUUGGAGCUCUCGAACUUUACAGCAACGAGCUCACCGAGAAGCUACCGGUUGGGUUUGGGAACCUGACGAACCUGGAAUUUCUAGAUGGUUCAAAGAAUUAUCUCUAUGAUGAUCUCUCCGAGAUCAGGAACUUGACCCAACUGCAUCAGGACUGGGUGGAGGAGGAGGAGGUCUCCAAGUCUUCAUCAUCACCAGCAGGAGCAGCAGUAGAAGCAUUCUCAAUAGAGGCAAUCUAG